GUUUCAGCUCUAGCUCUAGCCAUACGAGUUGAGUUUGUUAAGCUUAUCAGAGCCAAGUGUAUGUGUGCCUGUCUGUCUGUCUCUGUGUGUGUGUGUGUGUGUGCUUGUAUGUGUGCAUAACGCUGCGUAUACGUUAUACGCCCGCCAUAGAGUUCUAUACGCUCAGUUAACACACAGGUGUCAAUGCACACGGUUCGUCAAGUCGGCGCACGUUCCAACACAAGCAUAUUUAUAUACUUUUAUAUAAAUACACACAACUCUCACAUAUAUUUUUAAUUCUCAGUGUUGUUGUGUUGUGCGUUUUCAAAAAUACUUACCGAGAAAUAAUUAGCAUACGCGCGUUUCAUUUGACUUCAAUUCAGUUGAGUUCAGUUCAGUUUAAUUCCGUUCUCUUUGAGCGCGCUCUCUUUUUGUUUUGCUCUUUUGCGUUGUUUUAUUGUACGCUUUGACUAACUUGUCAUAAGACUAUUACAAAUCGAGUUCACAUCCAAAGACAACGACAGAAAUUCAAUCAAAAUAUAAAAAAAUAUAUCACACAAACAUGUUGGAUCCCAUUUCGGAUACACCGCUGGUGCUGGCCUAUGUGUUUAUGUCGCUGCUGGUUCUAAUUGUCAGCUUUAUACUCUUCAAUGUGGUGCACAAGCUCUAUGGCAGCAUGGGCGUGGAGAGCAUCGAUGGGCGCGUGGGCGUGACGAGCCACAAUAGUGCUUUAAAGACAACCAUGCUGGAAGUAAACGCGCUGAAAACCGGUUAAACGGAGGCGCUCAACAGCUGCCGGCGCUCGCAGAGAAUCUCAGCCAAACACAAAGACAAACACACACAUGAACAGACUCGAGCACAGGCAGCGAAACGGAACACAGCAGCUUCUACUUUGUACAGCAGCAUAAACAAUAGCAAUUAGCUUAGCUUUAAAUACUAUUAUUAACUACACGACAAGCAACUGCUUAAUAUAUAUACAACAUAUAUAAAUAUUAAUAAACAAGCGUAGGGAACGAAGGGCAGUGGGGUGGUGCCGCGUCUAGUCACUUAAUUAGCCAUAUCUAUAACACUUACUUAGACCUAACUACAUGCAUGUGUAUUGUAAAUAAAAAAACACAACAAUUUGUCC